AUGGGCCGUCCCUCGAAUCCACUCGUGGGCGAGUACUUUCGUCGCGGCAACAAGUUGAAGGACAAGUCGAAUCGCUACGAGCACACUUGCAGGAAAUGUGGUAUCCUUGACAAAACCGGCCGACCCGAGAAGCUCAUCGACCAUCUCGUCAAAUGCCCGUACCUUGGCCAAGAGGAGAGAGAAGAUGUCCUCGCUCGACACUUCAACCAUCGAUCUGGAAUGAGGGGCGAGCGGGAUGGAUCCAGCUCCAGAAGUGCAACGCCUCCAACAUACGGCGGCUUGGAAGGUCUUGCUGAAGCUGCUCGUCGUGUGAGCGCUCAUGAGCCUCCAGCAAACCCCAACACGCUCCCAACGUCUUCUGUGCCCAUCGAUCCCAACAUCGGCUAUGCAAAUACGCACUUUUAUGAAAACUCUGUACCAGCUCAAGCACUGCCACCACACAGCAACAACGACACGAAUCAAGAGUCCCAGAAUAUUCCCAACAUCCACGAGACUUCUAGCCCAGAAGUUCAUAAUCUCUACACGAUUGUCGAUGACCUUGAUGAUAACGAACAAGAUGUCAACAGUGUUGCAGAAACAUCAACCAACCCAGCCUUGGCUUUGCCUCAGGCAUUGUCCACAUCACUUUCCAGUCCGGUCCCACCUACCCUGACACAGCAGCCAGCCAUGCCUGGUCAUACUGAAUCGCCCGUCGUAUUUCCAAGCAAUAACGGGUUUGUACCUGCACUUCAUCGAACUCUAGCAGAACCAGUCCACUCGAGUGUUCCACAAACACAGUCCUCCACAUCCUCGGCUACCCCGAAUCAAGACUCUUCACAUGACUCAUUCUCCAGUCCGCCAGCCACUAGAGCUAUCAGUCCACCGAAAAACAUAGCCAGUGUACCUGACUCCUACACCAUCGAAACGAACGUUGCAUCUGAUACAGGCGACUCACCAAAAGCUGCCCGACCGAAAAGAACAAGUAAGCUGAAACCGCAGCAGCGGGAGAAGACAGCCAAGGUCAGACAGCAGGGCGCUUGCAUACGAUGUCGACUCCUCAAGAAACCAUGUUCAGGAGAGGAUCCAUGCCAGCAGUGUCAAAACGUGCACAAUCCGCGCAUGUGGAGACACCCUUGCCAACGCGUCAAGCUACACGAAGAGAUUACACUCUACUCGGCUGGCUUACAACUUGAGCUUGCGAAUAACAACGUCCGGAAUCUAGAGGAGAAGCAUGCCAGAAUUAUUGAUCAGCCUGAGAGCUACAUCCGCGUAUCAUUUGGCUCAAGCGAUGCAAGUGUGUCGUUCAGAGCGUGCCGGCUUCGGUCGACUCCAUCGACUGAGGCACAAUGUCAAGAGCCCGAGGUCUUCCUCAUUGAACACUCCCCCUCGACUAUCUCUCAAACCGAUCUGCUCAAGCUCAACCGCUACCUCAAAGAAGAGUAUGCCCAGCUGUUCGAUCGCGAGCAAAAUUCGAUCAUGCGCGGCACGCUCAAGCUCGCCAAACGCCUAGCUGCCGACCAGAAUGACGAGAUCCUGUAUGGUGCGCUCGAGCUGUACGCAGCCACACUCCUCUUGGUCGACGAGGAGAUAGUAAUCAAACUUGUACUGGAGGAAGCCGGUCAGCCACGCCAGCUGCAAAAGCCCAUCACCAAAGAUACCGCGAGUCUUUCGUACAGUCUGGUCCGAGACCAGCUCUGUGCGGCGAUCGAGUCGCUGGCAGCUACGCAUGUGCACAAACUCCUGAUCAAGCUGGAAACCCGGCUGCAAAGACCCAAGGCUUCUCUAUUCGAGACGUACUUGGCCUGCUUCCUGCUGCUCAACUGCGCCGAGCGCAUGUGCUGGCUGUAUCGAAAGUGGCAGUCACCAGAGACGCAGCCACGACCCUGGCCGCUUCAGAACCAGCAGGCUUCGCAACUGGUGCAGCAGGGUGAGACGAUGGCCUCGGUGCUGCACAUGAUCAUGGACAUGCGCAACGUGCUCCCCAAGCCGAUCGUGCGCGAUAACGGUACAUUGAGUGGUGCGCCCAAAGCGUGUGAGGAUGCAAGGAGUUGGUUCAAUGAGAUCGACGUGAGCGUCGAGGCCUUAAGGAAUCUCGAGGAGAGGCCAUACCUGGCGAAUGACUGCAGGUCGAUGGACGGCCGUUUUUGGGCGCGAACCCUGGCUGUGGAUGACAAGCUGGACGGGUUGGCCUUGGGUCGGGUUACUACUGGUGCUUUUCGGGCGGUUUGA